UCACUAAAACCCCGUAUUUAUCUCUUUAAUCUCCCUCUGAUUAUCAUUUUCUCAUAAUUCCAGAAUUUUCAAAAUUCUAGGGUUUUCAAUUUCCCUCCCUCCCUCUCAUCCUCAGCAAUCUACUAAUCAAAUCCAUGGAAAUCAAACCCACAAAAACCUCAACAUAAUCUUUUCAUAAUCGUGAGAAACAAAAAAAAAAUAAAAAAAAAUGGGCGUUUCUUUCAAGGUUUCAAAGAAAGGAACACGAUUUCGCCCUCUUCUUCUUCCUCUGCAGCCUGAUGAUGAUGAUAAUGAAAAUGUUGAUUCCAAUACUAAGGCUUUCACUUCUAUUCCUGCACCCAAUCUUUCUAAGGUUGAUGUUGUUCAGACUGGUGGAGCUGUAGAAGGUAUCUAUUUGUCGUCAUCGUCGAUAAGAUUACGUGUCUAUAAUUAGCUUAGUUGGCUUAUUUUAUUGAUUUCAAAAGGAUUCGGUUCAGGAUACUCGGAAAGCCGUGUGUCCGUACGAUAGGAGAUCAGAGAGUUUCUUCUCUGUAAGCGUGUGGUUUCUUUGUUAUCACUUUGAAUAGCACAAUAAUGGCUUUGUUUGAGUUAACAUUUUGAAUUCAUGUUUGUCGUGCUUAUUGUUUGCUGGAGGCAAUCGAGGCUGGUCGAUUACCCGUUGAUUUCUUGGGCGAGAUGCUAGUCAAAUAUGUAGAGGGAACACUGCUAUGCGAGGUCCGAGAUUACCGUAAGGGUGCGCUUGUACCAGGGAAUGUUGUUUCCUCUAUGAGUGGAUUGCCAGUUAUUACUGAAGUGUCUCUUAGGCUGUCGUUGGAGAAUGUUGUGAAGGACAUUCCAUUGAUCUCGGAUGAUUCUUGGACUUACGGUGAUCUAUUAGAAGUUGAGUCUCGAAUAUUGAAAGCCUUGCAGCCAAAACUUUGUUUAGAUCCUUCACCGAUGCUAGAAAGACUCUGUAGUGAACCUGCACACGAGAAGCUCAAUUUGGGCCUGUCUGGCCGUCAGAAGAGAAGAUCGAGGCAUAUGCCAGAAGUGACCGUCGCAUCCAAUAUUCAAACACAUGGGAAAAAAGUUCAAUCUGAUGCCUCAGGGGAUUCUGGAACUAUAUCAGGUGAUGCUACUCAAAGUGUUUCAAAAGGACAUGUUUCCAGCAAUAGUCAGUUCAGCCCUAAAAGCCUUGGUCCGGAAGCUUCGCUACCAGCAUUGCCUUUGUCAGCCAACCAAUGCAAGUAUCAACAGGGAGUUGACCAAAGAGUUAUGCAGGAUCAUGUAUCUGGGCCUGCUGUACAAGCAUCGAGAGCUUUACCCUCUAGCCGGGACUUGACGAUGACCCAUAAUGAUGGGAGUGGUGGGGUUCCUUCUCUGCAUGAAAAGAGGCAACGUCAAGAUGCUCAGUUGGAACCCUUGUCCAAUGCAAGUAAGAGAGCUAGGCAAACAUUGGUGAGUUUGGAUGUUGUUCCACAUAAGGGGGUUGGAUCACAGUUGGAGACCAUCACAGGUCCUGAUUUAUUCUUGAAAAAUACAGUCUUUCAUCAACCAGCAGAAUCCAGGGAUGCACAAUAUGUCAGUCCUGGGGCUCAAAAGUUUUCGCAGAAGGUGCUUGAAGGGGUACCUAAUCGAGAGCCCUUUUGUGCAGAUCAAAAGGGAUUGGGAAUUGGAGGGAAGGAUGAUCCGAGGCAAAUAGAUAAAUUGGAUAAGCCAGAGUUUGGCAGAAGUAAACGUGCAUCUCAUGCAAUAGGGAUGGAAAACAGCCAACUUGAUCCACAGCAGGGGCGAAUAAACCAGGGGAUACCGCCGCAUCCAUUGAUGACAUCUCAUUUCCCUUCUCCGAUGCAGCGGAAAAAUCUUGGUCAGCUUGUUGACAAAGAUCUAAGAAUAGAAGAUCAAUUGCAUAAAACGAAACAAAUGCAGAGCCCUAGGGCUUCUUCAGGAGCUAUGGAAUCUCCCAAGUCAUUUAGGUCCGGAGAAAUCUUAAGUGGUUGGUUAGGACCCCAACUUGGUAUUGCAGCUUCUGCUUAUGGAGUGACACAAAAACCAACUGGUCAUUCUCUCCCAACAGUUGACGGGACCCCAUCUCUGGCUUCUAAUCCAGGUGAUUCCAUGCAAAGACCGCAACAGGCACCAACGGCCCCAAGACGGAGAUCAAACUCCCUCUCUAACAAUCAAGCAUUUAGCGGGGUUGGUUCUGCUUCAGUCAGUACAACACCUUUGUCUGAUCACAGUAUUCUCGAUAAGUUUUCGAAGAUUGAAAUGCUAACCCAGAGACAUCAACUGAAUUGCAAAAAGAAAAAGGAAGAUAGCAUCUCUGUUACGAAGCCUGCAUCAUAUUCUACUCAUUUAAUCUCAAUGUGUCUCUCUGAUGUCUCUAAUAUGGAGGAGCUCAGAGAGCCAAACUGCAUUACACAACUGUCGAAAUCUCUUGUAGGUGGGAGUAUGAAUAUCUGCAAGGUUCGUGCACUAAACUUCUGCCAGAAUGAGCAUAAAUUUCAAGGUAAUGUUGUUAUCCCUAGACGUAAUCGAUUAAUAUUGGCAGAGGAUGAAAGUGAUGGCACUGUAGCAACCCAGUACGGCAUAUACAAUAAUGAAAUUUUAGAUUCCAAGGAAUUAUUGCCCGCCUUGCCUAACACGUAUCAUGCGGAUUUGCUUGCUGCGCAAUUCUGUUCUCUGAUGCAACGUGAAGGAUUUCAACUUAAAGACGAUCAAAUCCAACCAAUUCCAAAUGUUUCUAUGCAUUGUGAGUCCAAUGGUCCGGGAGUUGCCUCGAAGGGUGUGUCAGCUGAAAUGAUUACUUCUCAGCCAUCCUUCGCAUCUGGCGCAUCAGUUGCCAAUGAGAAUUCAUCUGUAAAUUCGUUUCAGAAUCUGCUUGCUGGUCCACAGAUUUUGCCUCCUGGAGACAACCAGUCCUUAUUUUCUAAAGGGUUGACGUCAAGUGUUGGAACACCACCAUCAUCACAAAAUCUGAAUCCGCAAUCUUCAGCUCAGAGCCAUCAACAAAAUCCGAAUCUCGUGAUUCAACAGCAGCAACAUCCUCAGAUCCAGAGAUCAUCAAUGAUGAUUCCCACAAGUCCUGUCUCUCAUAUGAAUUCUAUUGGGCAAAAUUCUAAUGUGCAGUUGGCUAACCAGAUGAUGAAUAGACACUCAAAGCUCCAGCAUCAGCAACGACAACAGCAGCACAUGGUGCUGCAACAACAACAACAGCAACAGCAACAGCAGCAGAGGGUGUUGCAACAACAACAACAACUGCAAAUGCAAAGGAAUAUGAUGUCUGGCCUUGUGACAGGCAUGGGUAUGGGGAACAUGAGAAAUAAUAUGGUUGGUCUUGGUGGCCUCGGCAAUGUUAUGGGAACAGGUACUAUUGUGAGAGGCGUUGGGGUUGCUGGGAUUUCAGGACAAACAAUCCCCAUGCUUGGCUUAGGUGGCAUGGAUCAAAAUCGAAUGACUAUAUAUCACGUUUUGAGCAUGAUAGAUCAGGAAGUUCAGCUGGGAAAGAUUUCUCAAGUUCAAGCUAAUGCGGUGCUAGCAAGGUUCAUGGCGAAUCAGAACCAUGGCAGCCUUUUUGGGGAGCGUCAAUCUGGAAUUGCGGGUAUGUCAACAGGACAGAUGCACGCUGGAUCUAACAUCAACUAUAUACAGAGAGCAACCAUGAGCCCCCCACAAAUGAUCCCAGGGAUUAUGAUUCAGCAAAAGCAAGCACAAGAUCUGAUGUUGCAGCAGCAGCAGCAACAACAACAACAACAACUAAGACAGCAGCAACCACAACAACAGCAGCAACAACAACAACCAAGACAGCAGCAACCACCACAACAGCAACAACAAAUAGGGUCUCCAUCAGAAACUGUGGUUUCAUCACCUCUGGUCGGCUCCCCCCCAUUAGCUAUAACAAUUCAACCACAACUGUCUCAGCAACUGUCUCCACAGUUGCAGCAAUUAAGCCCCCAUCAAAUAAGCCAACAAACUGCAAUGAGUCCUCAGUUAAGUUCGGGUACGAUGCCACCACUCAAUGCUACUGCUGCUGCCAGUACUGGGGUUGGUCCAGCCAGCCCACAGGUGAUCGCAUCACCGGUUGGUAGCAUCACCAGUUCUCCUAUGGAGGUACAAGAUACGAGCAGAAGCAAUUCUGCAAGCAAUAUUUAGCACAUAGUGCUUGACUUUGCCACCUCUAAUUGCAGAAGAUCACAGAUUUAGAUGUAAAUAUGCAGCUCAGUGCAGCAACUUGAAGCGGUUGCAUCAUACCUGUACAGACCGGAGGUACAUCCUUAUCCACUGAUUAUUGACGGACAUUAUAUACCUUUUGAUUGCAUUUCAUUUUAUGCAAAAUGUUUAAACCACUCGAUGACUACCCUACCACCUUUUGCGAGCUUUAAUUUGGUACAUAAAACUAUCUGCUGACGGUAUAAGGAGCAGCGGCAAAUAGGGUUAAUUACUUUAAACUCUUAUUUUAGGUAUCAGAUUUUAGUUGUAUUGACAUUGAACUCACUACAGCUACUGAGAUUUAGCGGCUUACCCCAUAGAGAUUGCGGCCUUUUUGAAAUCCAGGCUCAUCCAUCCAAGUGCAACAUGUCUGUCAUGAAGCGAACCAUGCUACUUUUUUUGAUGACUAGUGCCGUGCCCUCCAGUACAUUUUGUUUGUUUCCCAAGAUGGUACACUGAUGAAUUGAAGAAGAUUACGUUUGAGCAUGUGGUAUUGGGAAACAUUUUGUAAGUACUUUUUUCUUUUUACCAACACCUUGGUUUUUUUCCGCAUUUAGCUGGUAGAACAGUAUACAUUCUGGUGGUAAAAUCUGUUAGCCCUGUUGAUAUAUUAGUUGCUUCUUGAUAUAUUAUUCACUUUGGCUA